CUAAACGCGACGCGCUUCCUUGCUGCGAUACAACAUGAGUAAAGUCGAAGUUGAACUCAAGUACAACUCGUUGGAGGAGAUCGAGUCGAUCUAUGCGAGCUUGAAGACCGAGUUUGCCAAACGAAAGACAAGGUCUAUCGCGUUCCGCAAGCAACAUUUGGCCAAACUGGCGUAUAUGGUGAAGGAAAACCUGGAGAGAUUCCAAGAUGCGCUAAAGCAAGACUUGAACAAACCUACUCUUGAAGCCCUGACACAUGAACUCGCACUUUGCAUGACCGACGCGACGGAAGCCUACAACAAAGUUGCGAAAUGGGCGAAAGACGAACGGGCGCCUUUCCGUGCGGAUACUUUUCUUCUCCGUCCAACAAUUCGCAAGGAACCGAAAGGCGUUGUUCUCAUCAUCGGGGCAUUCAACUACCCAACUUGGCUCACUCUCGGACCCUUGUCCGCUGCCAUUGCGGCAGGAUGUGCCGUCGUUGUUAAACCGUCGGAGGCCUCUCCGGCUACUGCAGCUUUGUUGGCAGAGCUAAUUCCAAAAUAUCUCGACCAAAGUUUGUAUCGCGUCGUCAAUGGUUCAGUUCCCGAGAUGACGAAGCUCCUUGAGUUAAAAUGGGAUCACAUCUUGUAUACCGGUGGAGCAAAAGUGGCUCGCAUAAUCGCGGCAGCCGCCGCAAAGAACUUGACACCGGUAACUCUCGAAAUUGCAGGCAAGAACCCUGUCAUCAUGGACCCGAAGUAUGACUUGGCUUUAGCAGCUAAACGAAUUGCUUGGGCACGCUUCUGUAACUCUGGCCAGACGUGCAUCGCUCCUGACUAUAUCCUUAUUCCUGCUGAGGCACAAGAUAAACUGGUCGAUGAGUUCGCUAAGGUGUUAAAGUCAUUCUACCCAGAUGGCGCCUUGAAAUCAGAUUCCUACGCACGGAUGGUCAACGACGUUCACUUCAAGCGUGUGAAGGGUAUGUUGGAUGAUACUAAGGGUGAGAUCGUCAUUGGCGGUGAGACAGACGAGGCGCAGAAAUACAUCGCUCCGACGGUCGUCAAGAACGUUUCCCCAGAGGACAUGCUUAUGGGACAGGAAAUCUUCGGGCCUGUCAUCCCGAUUCUACCUGUGAAGGACAUCGACGAAGCGAUUUCACUUGUGAACGCUCGGGACCAUCCGUUGGCAUUGCACGUUUUCACGCCCAAUGCAGCGACAAAGAAGAAGGUUUUCGAUAAUACUCAGAGUGGAGCCGCGUUAAGCAACGAUCUAAUGAUGCAGACAGCCAUUGAAGGCCUUCCUUUCGGGGGUGUGGGCGAAAGCGGCUAUGGCCAACACACCGGGAAGUGGGGCUUCGACACCUUCACACAUUUCCGUUCAACAAUCGACUCUCCGAAAAUGCUGGAACUCAUCAUGGGCAACCGUUAUCCACCAUACACACUCGAAAAGUUGAAGGUAUUAAAACGCCUUCUGAUACCACGCUUGCCACCGCAUCCGGACAGACCAACGGGUUUGUUCUCGAGGACGCGUGCGCGGAUACUCGCGAUGUGCGUGUUGCUCUUUGCAGCUGCUCUAGCCACUCGACUGACGCCAACUGCUGGUCCUCUGGUGUUUGUGCAUCAACUUCUCACUAGUGGAAAGUGAACCAAUUUUGUGCAAGCAUGUCUUCUGCAGAUUUUACUGACUGAGCACUUUGAAAUGAGAAAAUGUUACUGUAAAAAUGGUUAUUC